UGGUAAAGGACCAUCAGAUGGAGAUCGGUUAUCCAACUGAUGUGAAGCAUGUUGCGCACAUCGGUUGGGAUAGCCCAACAGGCAGUGCACCUUCUCCUAGCUGGAUGAAUGACAUGAAGGGGUCACCAGACUUUUCAUCGCUGAGCAAUGCCGGACCAUCUGCACGAACAUCCUGGGCUUCUUCUCAAG